AAAGAAGAGCAUUGUUCGCCAGAUUUAAUCUUCUUGCCGCUAUUUCUAGUUCGCAAAUGUUUUAAAUUUUCACUUAAUUUGUGAAUCCAAAACAAAAAUGUCCCAAAGAAAAAUCCUACUUCUCCUCCAGCUCAAAAACUUGUCAAAAUCCUCUUCUUCUUCCUCUUUAUGUUCUAGAAGAAUUACAACUCAAGGCCAUUAUUUCUCUUCCUUAAACCCUUCAUUUACUUCAAGAUCAACUUCCCUAUAUAACACUGCUACAAAAGUUAAUGUGGGUUCAUUAUCGCUUCUUUCUAAACAGAGGGGAAGCAGUAGCCCUUGGUAUUAUGGGAUGAACACACACUUUUCUUCUUCUUCUUCUUCUUCCAAUUUGGGCGGCAAAACUGUGACUGGCUUUGCUAGAAAGGUUGUUGAGAAGCCGGCGGCUGCUUUCUCCAGGUAUCGUGGAGCCAUAGGGCUGCAGAUGGAUGCCUUUUGGAAGAGGAAUGUUCUGUUCCUGGUGGGGGCAGGUGGAGUGGUUAUGUGUGGUUUGCUCUGGAGGAUCAUGUUCGGGAUUGCCAAUACUUUUGUUGGCCUCUCUGAAGGCAUGGCCAAGUAUGGUUUUCUUGCCCUUUCCUCUGCCAUUGUUGCCUUUGCUGGACUCUAUCUCCGCUCUAGAAUCACAGUCAAUCCUGAUAGAGUUUAUAGAAUAGCAAUGAGGAAGCUUAAUACUUCUGCUGCAAUUCUUGAGGUUAUGGGCGCUCCACUCACUGGAACAGAUUUGAGAGCCUACGUGAUGUCCGGAGGUGGGAUUACAUUGAAAAACUUCAAGCCAAGGCUUAGAAGCAAAAGAUGUUUUGUUAUCUUCCCAAUAAGAGGUUCUGAGAGAAAGGGAUUAGUCAGCGUGGAAGUUAAAAAGAAAAAAGGCCAGUAUGAUAUGAGGCUUUUAGCUGUCGACAUUCCUAUGGCAUCAGGACCUGACCAGAGACUGUUUCUUAUUGGGGAUGAAGACGAGUACAAAGUUGGCGGUGGAUUAAUAUCUGAGCUGAGAGAUCCAGUUGUGAAAGCGAUGGCAGCCAGCAAGGAAUUUGAUGAUCUUGAUGAUAUUGAGGAAGAGGAGGACGCUGAGAGAGAACUUGAGGAAGCAGAAAGAAAGCACCGGGAUGAGAUGGAAAAGCUUGAAAAGGGUGGUCCAUAGUGCUUUCUCACUGAGAAUUUUUCGUAUUUUCUAAACUUUUCCUUCAUUUGUUCCCUGCGAAAUCGUUCUUUUUUGCACAAGUGGGUGAGAAAUGGCUAGUUUUUCUAGUAUAAAUAACUAAUGUUCAUCUUUGGAAUGUCAGAAAGGUGGAAGUUGAGAUGGUGUUAUAUGGCGAGAAUAAAAAAGCAUAUACAACUGACAAAAGAUGCUUCGCUAGAAAUACAAUCUAAUGAUUUGAAUUGUUUGAUUU